GAGGGUGUACACGCUGCUCCUCCCAGGCCUUUUUCCACGUGGCCUCCCCACCGCACAUCGACACAUACUUCUAGGAUCGUCUUGUAUCUCGCGUGAAGACGACAUCUCGUGGGGAUAUAGAGAUAGUAGGAGAGCGGUGUAUCAAAGUUCCAUGAGAGACGAGUGGUGCAGUCGUUUUAAGUCAUUAAACGGGUAUUCUACGGCCACAAAAGUGCGGUUUGAGGCCACAAAAGAGUCUCCGGCCACAGGCGACCGAACGUGCAGCCGACGCUCACAAAAGUACAGUCCGUGGCCACAGAAGGAGCAGUCUGCGGCCACAAAAGGCACGAUGAGGCGUUCCUCCUUCUGAAAUAUUGUCCCCAGGGUCUCAUCCAAGAUGACGAUGAAGCCAGCGCCGGAGACCGAACGCAACACCAGCCCCCAAGACUGUGCCGGGUGUGGGAAGCGCAUCAAUGACAGGUAUCUGCUGAAGGCCCUCGAGAUGCACUGGCACGAAGAUUGUCUCAAGUGCGGAUGCUGCGACUGCCGGCUGGGGGAAGUGGGCUCCACUCUAUUUACUAAGGGUAAUCUUAUCCUCUGUCGCAGGGACUAUCUCAGGCUGUUCGGAACAACUGGGUAUUGCUCAGCCUGCUCAAAGGUCAUUCCGGCCUUCGAGAUGGUGAUGAGGGCUCGUAACAAUGUCUACCACCUCGAGUGCUUCGCCUGCCAGCAGUGUAACCACAGGUUCUGCGUGGGAGACAAGUUCUACCUGUGCGACAACAAGAUCCUCUGCGAGUACGACUACGAAGAGCGGCUGGUCUUCGCCUCGAUGGCCUGCACGCCCUCUUCUCUCGCUCAACUCAAGCGCCAGAUCGGUGGACUCGAGGGUCCAGCAAUCAUUGACGAGAGCCGCAAGCCUGUGCCAGCCACCACCACCACCACACCCCACCACAACGCUCCUCUCCACCACCACCACCACUCCACCACGCCAACCACACAGCAGCAGUUACAGCCCCAGCAACAGCAGCAGCAGCAGCAGACCCCACAGCUCCUGCAGGGACAGCAGCAGAGCCAGCAGCCACCUCCAGCAGCACCACAGCAGAGACCAAUGGUCACGUGAUGUCCUGACUACCACAAUCAACCACACUUGGCCUACCACACCACCACUGAUAAACCCUUCAUUUAACGGAGUAUAUUAAGCUGUCUUCUACACCCCCUUGUAUUAUACAAUACAUACACGCAGUCCCGCUCAUGGCGUGGACGUGUGGAGCCAGCCAGCCAGCCAGCCAGCCAGCCAGCCAGCCAGCCAGCCAGCCAGCCAGCCAGCCAGCUCAUAUACACCUGUAUAUAAUAUAUGCACAUCUGUACAUUCGUGAUAUAUAUAUAGCUUUCCGUUGCGUCGUAAUAUAGGAUAAUGUGAUGUGAUCUGUGGGUUAGUGCUCUCAGCCUCCCUGUGUCUGCCUCAUCUCCUGGCCUGGGCAUCCUGUCACACACACACACACACACACACACACACACACACACACACACACACACACACACACACACACACACACACACACACACCACACAAGCCGUCACGUGUUGAUAGCUCGUGUGCGAUGAUUUAGAUAUCGACGUUUGAUAUCACUCGUUUCUUAACAACACCGACGAUAGCCAAAAGCAGAUUCAUUGCAUGGUGUUUUGCGAGUCAUAGUUCGCUAAAGAGGGAGGGGGGGGGGGAAAGGGGGGUAUUCAAUCAUCUUUCACCAUUGAAAUAGAGAUGGAGAGUGUGGGUUAAUGGGUUGUACAUCAAUGGGGCCCAAUGCUACACAUCAAUGGGCCUCCUGUAACGCCAGACCUGAAUCCCACUGUUUGUGGGAUUGUGGUGUGUCCCAAUUGUCCAAUUAUCCCAACAUAACGACAAAGUGAUUUUAAUCACAUCUCUCAGAUACCAAAACCCUUUCCCUGCUAGAUCCUAACAAUCGUCUAGACGCUAACAAGGUCGUUAGAGUGAUGUUUCAGGAGCUAAAGUGUCCCAUCAGCGUGACUCGCUUCGAUCCCGCAAUGAUUCCCUGUGUUGACGUACAUAUAGGCCUCCCUUGAAGUGUGUGUAUGCUGGUGAUGUAUUUUGAUGUAUGGCGUGCUGUAUGAGGACCUCUUAUUCACUGUCCCUUGUCAAACUGUCCCCUGAUCUUGUAUUAUGCCCCUUGCUAGUCCUUAUGCCAAAGACUAUACAAAAAAUAUGUAAUUAUAUAUAUCAUUUUUCUUUCUUUAUAACAGCUCCUGAAGGUUCCUAUGGAGCCUGUAACCUGUGUAUUUCCUGUAACCUGUAAUGCCAAUGACCUGUAUAUUUCUUGUAACUUGUGUUUCCUGAGACUUGUAUUGUAUACAGGUAGAGGAAUGCUGCCUGUUCUCGGUGUAUACUAUGAAAGUUUACUUCAGUUUUAGGCUAUGUUCAGAACUGUGGUAUGAUUAAUGGUUAGUUGGGAGGCUAUUGGUGUGGUCUGAAUAACCCUCCAGAGGUUG